AGCACGCUGGCCAGCCGAGUGGUUGAUGCGGAGCAGCGGACACCCGCUGCGCGCGCAUGCGCACAGGGGGCGGCGGGCGCCUGCGCACAGCGGCGGCCGGUUAAUGGAGCUCGAGAGCACCCCGGAGGCUGGGCCUAUGGGGCCGGAGAGCAGCCCCGAGGCCAGGCAGGAGGCGGGGCGCGACGAGGGGGAGCCCGCAGGGAAGAAGUGGCGUCUUCUGUGUGAGGAGUUCUCUUCGGUCGCGAGCUGCAGCGUCUCUGUAGCGCGGCGCUGCCUGGCCGAGAACGACUGGGAGAUGGAAAGGGCGCUGAACGCCUAUUUCGAGCCGCAGGUGGAGGAGGGCGCCUUAAAACGCCGUCCUGAGACCGCAUCCGAGCCCGGGAACUGUGUUGACCUAACCAAUGAGGAAACAACUGAUUCGGUUAGUUCUAAAACCAGCACAUCUGAAAAUCUUCAGCAAGAAGAUGGCAGCGUGUUCUCUUUCAUUACCUGGAAUAUUGAUGGAUUGGAUCCAAACAAUCUACAAGAGAGGAUUCGAGGAGUGUGUUCCUGUUUAGCUUUGUACAGCCCAGAUGUGAUAUUUCUACAGGAAGUUAUUCCUCCAUAUUAUAGCUACCUAAAGAAGAAAGCUAGUAGUUAUGAGAUCAUUACAGGUCAUGAAGAAGGAUAUUUCACAGCUAUAAUGUUGAAGAAAUCGAGAGUGAAAUUUAAAAGCCAAGAGAUUAUUCCUUUUCCAAAUACAAAGAUGAUGAGAAACCUUUUGUGUGUGCAUGCAAGUGUGUCGGGAAAUGAUCUUUGCCUUAUGACUUCUCAUUUGGAGAGCACCAGCGGGCAUGCUAAGGAACGAAUGAAUCAGUUAAAAAUGGUUUUAAAGAAAAUGCAAGAGGCUCCAGAGUCAGCUUCAGUUAUAUUUGCAGGCGAUACAAAUCUAAGGGAUCAAGAAGUUACCAAAUGUGGUGGCUUACCCAACAACAUUUUGGAUGUCUGGGAGUAUUUGGGGAAACCCAAGCAUUGCCAGUAUACAUGGGAUACACAAAUGAACUCUAAUCUUGGAAUACCUGCUAUCCGUAAGCAUCGUUUUGAUCGAAUAUUUUUCAGAGCAGCGGCAGAAGGCGGCCACAUUAUUCCCCAAAGUUUGGAUCUCCUUGGGUUGGAAAAACUGGAAUGUGGUAGAUUUCCUAGUGAUCACUGGGGUCUUCUUUGCAGAUUAGAUGUAAUAUUGUAAAAUGCUUUUCACAUAUGCGUUUUAAAUGUUCUGAGUAAUUUUGGUCUGGAUAUUUGCAAAUAUAAUUUCUAUCUGUCUGGAAAGGUAGUUUUCAUAGGGAGUAAUUAAUAUACUGGAUCAUAUAAGAGAAGAGAAAACUACUGUGAUUUUAUUUUGUGGAUUGUGUCCUUAGAUUUCAGAACUAAAUGUUUAUUUAAACUAAAACAUACCUGUGUUCAGAAUAUGAGGCCUUUUAAUGAAAGGGCAAAAAGGCUGUCAGAACUUAUUAAAGGUUCUCAUAGCUGCCAGCUGGAUUUCAUCUGGGCUAGCUUUUAUACUUGAUUUAUUUUUAAAAUCAGGAACCAAAAUAGUUAAUACAUAAGUCUUCAGAAGAGAAAAUUAGAGGUUACUGAGUCCUUGGGACUGCAUCUUUAGUAAUGUUUUACAAAUUCAGAUAAUUUUAAAUGAAAAAGCCAUGAUUAUCUGCAUUUCCUUAACUUUUAAAGUUAAUGUUGAUAGUUAUGUCACCAACAGAGGCAAAGCUGAGCUUCAUAAUGAUUAAAGUCAGUUUUACAGCAGCGCUAGACUUUUUUUCUGAGAAAAUAAAUGUAAAGAGAAAUA